AAAAGAUCUAUCUUGUUUUCCCAAAGUGAGUUUCCUUUCCACUGCAACUGUAUAUUACUAUCACUUCUCUCUUCACUUCCGUUCUGGCACUGGAUUACUGUUAUCCAUUCCGGCCAAAUCAUGUUGGCCUCCACCAUCCUAACGCCCACGAAGCUCAACACUUCGCAUUUCGUCCCACCCAUCACCGUCGUCGUCGCAGAAACUCACCCGAGAAACAGAGUCGCACUCUUUCCCAAAUCCAACUCCAAACUCGCUUUCGUUGCAAGGGCCAAUGGUAAUGCCCGUGACGGCGCCGUCGACGCCACCUCUCCCCUGGGCAUUGAUGCUGUAACGAGUACAUCUUCUGGCCUCAGUGAUGGUUAUGUGGCUUUGUUCGUUCGUAUGUUAGGCAUUGAUCGUGAUCCUCUGGAUAGAGAACAAGCUAUAGUUGCUCUCUGGAAAUAUUCGCUUGGUGGAAAGAAGUGUAUAGACACUUUAAUGCAGUUUCCUGGUUGUAUUAAUCUUGUUGUGAACCUCCUACGAUCAGAGUCUAAUUCAGCAUGUGAGGCAGCUGCGGGUCUUCUGCGAUCACUAUCUUCAGUCAAUCUAUAUAGAAAUUCUGUAGCUGAUAGUGGAGCAAUAGAAGAGUUAAACAGAUUGCUGAGGCAAUCUUCCUUGGCAUCUGAGGUAAAGGAGCAGAGUUUGAGUACACUGUGGAAUUUAUCUGUUGAUGAGAAGCUCUGCAUUAAAAUUUCAAAGACUGAGAUUCUGCCAUUAGCUAUUAGGUACCUUGACGAUGAGGAUAUAAAAGUAAAGGAGGCUUCAGGGGGCAUUUUGGCAAAUUUAGCAUCGAGCCGUGUUAACCACAACAUCAUGGUUGAAGCAGGUGUUAUACCAAAAUUGGCAAAGUUCUUGACAUCUAAUUUGGAAGGAUCUAACGUUCUUAGGAAGGUCACAAGGAAUGCAUUGCUGGAACUUGUUAAGGACAAGUAUUAUAGCAUUCUUGUUAUUGAGGAAGGUCUGGUCCCUGUGCCAUUAAUUGAUGCUGCAGCCUUUAAGUCAUUCACCCCAGGCAUACAUUUGUGGCCCAUGUUACCUGAUGGUACAGAAAUUGAAAGGACUUCUAGACAGCCAUCCAGAUAUGGUGCUUCGGAAUUACUUCUUGGAUUAAAUAUUGAUGACAAGAAUGCUAACUUAGAGGAAGCAAAAGUCAAUGCAAUUGUUGGACGAACACAACAGCAAUUCCUUGCUCGUGUUGGGGCUUUAGAAAUGGAACAAAAGACUAUGCCUCAUUCUGAAUGCUCAAAUGAUCAGAGGUUUACACUUUUACCUUGGAUGGAUGGUGUUGCUCGUUUAGUACUGAUACUAGAACUUGAAGAUAGGUUUGCAAUAAUUAAGGCUGCAGAGUCAAUUGCUACUGCAUGUAUCAAUGAACAUAUGCGUAUAGCAUUCAGGGAAGCUGGAGCAAUAAAGCAUUUAGUAAGGCUUUUAAAUUGUGAUGAUAAUUCAGUCCAGUUGGCAGCCACACAAGCCUUGGAAAGGCUGUCCGUUAGCAAUAUUGUUUGCCGGGUUAUUGAAGCUGAGGGGGUUUUAGGUCCUUUAGUUAGUAUUUUGAAAUGCUCAGAGAUAGCUGGAACUAUUUUGGAAAAGUCUUUGAACAUACUUGCUCGGAUAUUAGACCCCAGUAAAGUGAUGCAAUUAAAGUUUUAUGAUGGACCAGUUAAUGGAUCUGAAAAGGCAUUUGGUGGAACAAAAGGUGACUGUGUUUCAACCGGGUUUAGUAGCACUGAACAAGCUGUAUCAAAAACGUACACAAGGAAUGAUAUACUGGAUUCUGUUUUCAUUGCACACCUGGUUGAGAUUAUGAAGUCCUCUCCUCCCAGUUUACAAGAAAAAGCUGCUACUGUGCUUGAGUUUGUGGCAUUGACUGACCCAACUCUGGCCCCAAUUAUAUUUCUGGAUAUUGAAUCUGGUCUGAAUUCAGCUUUUCAGCAAAAAAUUUUGAAAAUUUCAGCGGACAUGGAAUCUGACGUAGAAGAUCAGUUUUCUGAAGCAUAUGCAAUUGAAUUUGAAGAAGCUGGUCUUGCAAUAGCUGCAGCAUCCCGGUUAUUAACAAGACUACUCGAUCAUGAGCAGUUCCGCCACAAAAUAAACUCCUCGCAAUUCAUUGAUUUGCUUCGGGGAAUCCUCAGGUCCUGCAUUCCCCUCCACAAUAAAAAGUGGGUAGCUACUUGCCUAGUUAAACUAAGUUCUCUCUCUGGCUCCAUCACGAGCCUCUAUCCAAUCAAUGUGGAAGUUACUCUCUACGAGACAAUCCCAAGACUUCUGGAACAGAUCAAAACAUCAUUCUCCCCAGAAGCACAGGAAACAGCUGUUGUUGAACUUAAUAGAAUAAUAUCUGAAGGAGUGGUAGAUUACACAGAAGCUAUUAUUUCUGAUGAAGCAAUAUAUUCAUUGGUGAAUUUGAUAGAAGAAGGCAGUGAUAGGGCUGUGGAAGCAAGCUUGGCAAUACUGUAUAAUCUGAGUAUGGACAGUGAGAACCAUUCAGCACUUGUGGCUGCUGGAGCAGUGCAGGUCUUAAAAAGAAGUGUUCUAGCAAACAGACCACACUGGGAACGGGCACUUCUUUUACUCAGGAUUUUGCAACCGUGAUGAGUUCAAGGGGGUGAAUCGUGAAACAGUUUCCUCAUUUUAAAUGUGUAGAAGAAAAUCUUUAUCCUUAUAGAUAAAACGUAUUUUAUUCUUUAAAAGUUGAUAAUGUAUGUAGUUGUUUUUCUUUUUAAAAAUCACCGCAUUGAAUAAAAAUAUAUAUUCUUUUGUUUAUUCAUAAUUUAAAUGAAAAAAAAAUAGUUAAAUA